CUCGUCGAUUCUUGUUGGUCCACUGCGACGUGACGUAUGAGGAACUUGACUGGUUUUCCUGCUGGGUGAUAUGAGGGUGGGAAAUGGCGGAGGUCGUCCAAAAGCUGGGCAGCGGAGUUUGCCGGUUGUCCAGCUUCAGGGAACGAAGGCGACGUUUGGCCAAAAAGCACAGCGGUAGGACCCAAAGUAGAAGUCAGACUAAUGGAAAGGAGUCAUCGGAUAACUGAAAUUAGUUUGAACCAGAACUCACCCCGUUUUACUGGAUUUGUUCAUGCUAGAGAGGCUUUUAACAGUUCUUUGGUUGGACCCUGGAGGUCAUCCGAGAGCAGAGGAGCUGUUUCCGGUACCCCGAACUCCCUCCUCACGUCAUCUCAGCAGCUGCGAGCUUUCUGCAUCCUCAUCCGAGUGCAUACCCCAGAGAGUCGGCAUUGUGGCUCUUUUAAAUCCAGAAGCUACUGUUGGAAGAAAGACUUUAAAGAUGACCCAUUGUACAGAAACAGGACGGCCUAUUAUGACAUCCUCAAAGUGUCCCCCAAUGCCACGCAGUCCCAAAUCAAGACCGCCUACUAUAAGCAGUCGUUUAUCUUCCACCCAGACAAAAACCCCGGGAGCGCAGAGUCUGCGCUGCGCUUCUCUGAGAUCAGCGAGGCAUACACGGUACUGGGCAACAAAAGUCUGAGGAGGAAGUAUGACCGGGGUAUCCUGAGCAUGAUGGAUGUCCACGGUACGGGAAGACCCCCCUCCAAAGAGACCUCAAGCAGAUCCUCGGGAUCGGCACAGCAGCAGCAAACCACCUCCAGGGGUUUCUCCCAAACGAGAGGAAGGCCCAUGUACGACUUUGACGCCUUCUACCAGGCUCACUACGGCGAGCAGCUGCAGAAGGAGCGAGAAAUGCGAGCCCGAAGGCAGCGCAAAAUCGAGGCGCACCAGGAGAAGCUGAAAAAGUGGAGGCAGAGCAAGAUGAUCGAGGGCACGGUGGGCUUGCUGCUGCUGGCCGCGGGCAUGGUUUUCCUGAGCGUCAAGUCCUGAAAGACGAGCGGCAUCUGGACCGCCUCCUUGUUGGGGUGGCAUGUUCAAACACGACAAGAACGCUUUUUCUCAGUUUUUGACUUUUCAAUUUGGGGUUGUAGUCAUAUAGAGGCAAAAUGUUCAUUUGAGGAUGAACAAAUUUGGAAUCACACCAUAACAAUUUAUUUUAUUUUUUUUUUAGACCCACUCGACACAAUCAAGUGCAGAUCCUUGAUAAUGCCUUGUGUCUUGCAAUUGUGAUGAAAAUGUGAGUUUAAUCUAGCAUCGUUGAAAAACACACUUCAAUACAUGAGAAAUUAACUACUGGAUUAAAUUAAAUUUUCAUUUCUAAAUUGCUGAGAUGCAUCUGUACAUAUGAAAUAUGAAUUAUAUUUGGAGGAUUGUGUUUUGUGUGAUUUAUUGCAAAACUAAUUGAAGGAAUACAUAUGAAAAUUAUAUUCUUUUGAAUGAAUGCCCCGUGACAAAUCCAUCGUAUUUUCAGGCCAAAAUGAUGGCUCGAAAAA